AUGAGCGCGGCCGCGAUGUCGGAAGUUAGCCAGACCUACGGCGCGAUCUUUGUUGGGCUGCUGUUCGAAGCAUUCCUCCAAGGUCUCGUCACGGUGCAGACAUUCACCUACUUCCUCAACUUCGCGGACGACCCGUGCUGGAUAAAAACACUCGUUGCGACCGUCUGGACCAUGAACACGACCCAUCUAUGCCUGGUCGCACACACGGUGUACAGCAAGCUCGUCACGAGCUGGGGGAACGAUUCCGCGCUCCUCGUCGUCCCCCAACUAUUCAACGGCGAGUUUGCCUUGGUGUCGGUCCCCACCCUGCUCUGCCAAUCGUUCCUCCUCCAGCGAAUCUGGGUGCUCAGCCGCCACAACUGGCUUGUCACGGGCACCCUCGCGCUCGGCUGCCUCGCCGGGUUCUUCCUCGAGGUCGCGGUCAUGGUGCAGGUCCUGCUCAACGCUGUCGUCGCCGAGUAUCAGCGCGUCGCGCGUCAAGUAAUCUCAGGCGCUGUCCUGCUUGCUGUUGUCGACCUGGUCCUCGCCCUCACACUUCUCGUCUACCUUCGGAGGAACGACAUCACGCUCGGCUCGGACCAAAGCAUCCAUAAACCACACAGAAGAACCCGAAUCAUCCUCCAAAAAAUCAUGAAAUACACCAUCGCAACCGGCCUCCUCACCAGCAUCUUAUCGUUCGCCAUCUUGGCUGCAAUCCUUCUCUCUCCGCACUCAUUCAUCUACGUCGCUGUCUAUCUACUCUACGGACCCCUGUACACUAACGCCCUUCUCGCAAACCUCAACCUCCGCGCCGAGCUCCGCCGCGAGGUCGACCGCCCGCUAACAACCCUCGCGACACUCUCCGUCGUAGUCGCGCCGCCCGCUCCCUGCAUCCCGCAUGACGUCGUGCCGCCCCACGAAGACAUCGUCUUCCUGGAGCCCAUGAAACGCUAUGAUAGCACAGACACCGCAAUAGUGACGGUCUAA